AAGAGUGAAAUUGAAAAACAGGAGAAAAAAGAGAGAGAGAGAGAGUAGAGUGAGAGAGAGAGAGAAGAAGGGGAUGGAUGGAUGAAGGGAGGGAGGGCACUUUACUACUUUUUUAUGUUGUACGCAUCCAUGGCAGAAAACAGAAGCCCGGAGAGGGAAACUCUUCAUGGGGUAGGGGAAAGUAAUUAACGCAGAAGAACAACACUUCAAAUCCGCCAUUUUCGUCUGCUCCAUCUCCGCUCGGCCGUACCGUACCCGGAUUUAGCUGCGGGGAGCUCCGAUUGGGGUCGAGUUGCUGCAGAAAUUCGCGCGAUUGGAGUAUACUGCUAAGUGCAUUUGUGAUUGUGUUUUUAGGGUUUACUGCAUUUGGUAAAUUGUUGUGGUGUUUGUGUGUUCGAGGAAGGUGCAGUUGAGGAAUUGGAUAUUGUGGUUGAGUUUUGGUUCGUUAAAUGAAGGGAAUGCCCUUGCCCUUGGAUUUCGAGGGGAAGGGAGUGUUCGAUUUGGAGGUGAUUGUGAAGAACAGGAAUUUUAUUGCAGAUAGUGGCGCGGGAAUUUCGUCUUAUUUCGCCAGGAAGAAUUGCUUUUUGGGUAAUAAUUUUGGAGAGCCUAAUUCGGUGUUGGAUUCUGCAAAAAUUGGCAGCAGGCCGACGUCAUCCUCGACCCUGUCUUCAUCUCUCGGCGGCGGCGGCGGCGGCGGUGGCGGUGCUGGGGGCGGUGCAGCUUCGACCGACACGGCGGGUGUGGCUGCUGUCUCCGACCCAAACCCUUCGCCCAGAUGGCAGCAGGACUCCACCACCGCCACCAGCUCCAAUGCCGGCGGAAGAGCUGAUUCCCAACUCCUUCCCAUUCCUCCAUCUCUAGAGAUCGGAACCGCCGCCGCCGCCGCCGGGAAGUUCGGCAUGGAGGAUUGGGAGAGCGUGCUGUCGGAAUCUGUUGGGGUGUCUCCCAGCCAAGAGCAGUCCGUCCUCCGCUGGAUCAUGGGCGAUGUCGAAGACCCUUCAAUGGCAAGCCUGAACAAGGUCCUCCAAAUCGGCACCACCACUGCCGCCGCCGCGUCGGAGUUCGACUACACCGCCGGAUUUGGGGUCGUGGAUCAGGGUUUGGCCGGAGACCAAUUUGGGGCCACCUUCCUCCCAUCUCUUCCAUCUUUCCCCAACAGAUCCACCCCUACCCCUGAAAAAAUCCCUUUACCUCCCAAUCCCAAUCCUCCAAAUCCAUCCACCAAUUUCUUGAACCCUUCGUCCCUAUCCAACAAUCUUGCAUCAAUCGGCCUGCAUCCAUUCGAUUCCCCCGCAGAAAUGAAACCCCCAAUUUUCAAUUCCCUAAUAAACCCCCAUCACCAACAACCUCAGUACCCCCAAAAUCCCUCAUCCCUCUUCUUCCCCGUGUCAUUCCCCCACCUGCCGGAGCAGAAUCUCUCCAUCCCGCCGCAGGCCAAACGGCACAACCCCGGCGUCGACGCCGGCGGCCAGAUCUCAAAAGUGUCUUUGCUGGAUACAGGGCAGCAAUUGCAGCCACUCCCCCACCAGCUCCAGUUCCUUCCUCAGUACCUCCAUCAGAGGGCGGGGGCGGCGCCGCCGCCGCAGAAACCCAAAACAGGCUGUGGGGAUGAAUUCGGCCAUAGCCACCACCAGCAAGCUGUAGUCGACCAGCUAUACAAGGCCGCAGAGCUGGUCCAGACCGGUAAUCCUGUUCUAGCGCAAGGGAUAUUGGCGCGGCUCAAUCACCAGCUCUCUCCCGUCGGAAAGCCUUUCAACAGGGCUGCUUUCUACUGCAAGGAGGCACUGCAAUUGCUCCUCCAUGCUAACAACCCCGCCGGAGCUCCUGCGACCCCUCCUUUCGGCGCCAUUUUCAAGAUUGGUGCUUACAAGUCCUUCUCUGAGAUCUCACCCUUGGUGCAAUUCGCAAACUUCACUUGCAAUCAAGCCCUCCUCGAAGUCCUCGAACGUUUCGACACAAUCCACAUUGUCGACUUUGACAUUGGGUACGGCACCCAAUGGGCCUCUCUUUUGCAGGAGCUCGCGAUCAGAACCGGCGGCGCACCUUCCCUGAAAAUCACUGCAAUCGUCACCCCCUCAAACUGCGAUCAGAUCGAGCUAACUCUCACCCGAGAAAAUCUGAUUCAAUUCGCCUCCGAAAUCAACAUCGUCUUCGAGUUCGAGGUCACAAGCAUUGAUUCUUUGAGUUCCGGCUCGUGGGCUUUACCGAGCAACGAAGCGGUCGCUGUGAAUCUCCCGAUCAGCUCACUUUCCAACUGCCAAUUGCCGGUGCCUUUGGUUCUCAACUUCGUCAAACAGCUGUCGCCAAGAAUUGUCGUUUCUGUCGACAGAGGAUACGACAGAACGGAUCUUCCGUUCGCCAGCUACAUUAUCAAUGCCCUUCAGUCGUACUCCAACGUGCUGGAGUCUCUCGACGCUGUAAAUGUGAAUACGGACGCUCUGCAAAAGAUUGAGAAGUAUUUACUCCAACCGGGAUUCGAAAAACUUGUUCUAGACCGCAUCCGUUCUCCGGAAAAGACGCCGCAUUGGAGGGCUAUGUUCUUGUCAUCCGGGUUCACCCCCGUUGGGUUUAGCAAUUUCACCGAAGCGCAAGCGGAGUGUGUCGCGAAGAGGACGCCGGUGCGUGGAUUUCAGGUCGAGAAACGACAGUCUUCUCUCGCACUUUGCUGGCAAAGGAAAGAGCUGAUAUCGGCUUCGGCGUGGAGAUGCUAAAGGGAAAAAAGUAAGCUCCGAAUUCGAUGUUUUAAUGAACUUUUUAUCUAUUGUCAUGCCUGAAUUUAUUGCACCAAUUAUCUAAGUCUCAGGCUGAUUAUUUUCCUGGUAUAAAAUGAUCCAGAGGAAUUUUAAUUCUGGAUGUUCUAUGUGUAGUUAAUGGUAUUUAAGUUUCCCCUUGAUGAUCAUGAACCCUAUCUAGUCUUCGAUUAAGAAGGAGAAGAAGAUGAAGACAGAACAACGAAUUGAAAGUGGGAACAAAAGAAUUAACCCUAUUUUUUUUCUUUUGUUUUUUUUUUUUUGUUAAUGUUGCUGUAUGUUUAAACUGCACAUUAUUAUGAUCAAUGCAAUAUAUGCUUUGACAGCCCCCCUUAGUUUAAGUUCUUGGUUAAGGAU